AUGCUCUGCUCCACCAUGGCUUCUUCUUUCCCGGCCAUUGCUGUUGCCGCGCAUCUAAGACCUUCGGUGGCUCGUAUGCCGAGAUCUGGUGUUGGUCCUCGAGUUUCCUUCUUGUGCGAGGUGGUCCGGAGUUCCCUUUCCGCUCGUAAGCCCCUUUACCUAACCCCAAACCGAGUUCUGUGCUCUGCAAAGCCUCGAGGCCCCUUCUCGGAGACAAGGGCGCACGAGGCGAGCAGGAACGACGCCAUCCCGCUCAGCAGCGAGGAGAGCCGAUCGGCGGCGGCGCAGAAGCUCAAGAUCGGAUUUUACUUCGCGACGUGGUGGGCGCUGAACGUGGUGUUCAACAUCUACAAUAAGAAGGUCCUCAACGCCUUCCCCUACCCUUGGCUGACCUCCACGCUCUCCCUCGCCGCCGGCUCCCUCAUAAUGCUCGCCUUCUGGGUAGCUAGGGUUACCGAACCGCCCAAGACCGACUUGGGCUUCUGGAAUUCCCUAAUUCCGGUGGCCGUGGCGCACACCAUCGGGCAUGUAGCAGCCACAGUGUGCAUGUCGAAGGUAGCCGUGUCGUUCACGCACAUAAUCAAGAGCGGGGAGCCUGCUUUCACAGUUCUGGUAUCAAGGUUUCUCCUUGGAGAAGCUUUCCCUCUGUCGGUUUAUCUCUCGCUUCUGCCGAUCAUCGGUGGCUGCGCCUUGUCUGCCCUAACGGAGCUCAAUUUUAACAUCACGGGUUUCAUGGGCGCAAUGAUAUCGAAUCUUGCGUUUGUAUUCAGAAACAUCUUCUCAAAGAGAGGAAUGACCGGGAAGUCUGUCAGCGGGAUGAACUACUACGCCUGCCUCUCUCUGUUAUCGCUGGUGAUACUCACACCAUUUGCAAUUGCCGUGGAAGGUCCCAAGGUUUGGGCAGCUGGUUGGCAGAAGGCCGUCACAGAGAUUGGUCCUCAUUUUGUUUGGUGGGUGGUAGCACAGAGUGUGUUCUAUCAUUUGUACAACCAGGUUUCCUACAUGUCGUUGGAUGAAAUCUCUGCCUUGACAUUUAGCAUGGGAAACACCAUGAAACGGAUAUCUGUUAUCGUCUCCUCCAUCAUCAUCUUCCGCACGCCCAUCCAGCCCGUCAAUGCCCUCGGCGCGGCCGUUGCCAUACUCGGAACCUUUCUUUAUUCUCAGGUAACACGAGCGUUUCUUCUUGAAUGA